AUGCGCAUACUGGUUUAUAUAAUGGUUCCACCUUUUAAGUCUAUUUACUGUCGUUGUCGCUUGAAAAUUGUCUGGGCUCAAACGGAACGGAAAGACCCAACUAGACAAGACAAUCAUAAUUCAAUAAUGAGAUAUAGCUACACGAUUAGUCAAAGAUUAGACAUAGUAACGAAGGUCAUGUCCAAAACCAUGUUGCGAAGAUCCAUUCAUACCACAAGGAUUCUCAAAAACUCCAAUGCUGCUCCACACAUUUGGUCAGACUUCUCCAAGAGACCUAGCUCACUUUCCAUUCAAUCUCCUAAAGUGAAAAAUUAUCUUUUCCAAGAGAAGCCUUAUCUUGACCCUCCAUCUAUCAAAAGAAGAAGCAAUCGUAUCAAGUAUUCAUCUCCAGAACACAUGGAUGAAAUCUUUAAGAUGAGUUAUGAUUUCCUUGAACAAAGAGCUAGUAAGUUUUACGACUUGGUAAAUAAGACAAAGAAUCCCUUGAAGCGGGACACACUUCUCACAAAAGCGGAGAUUAAUAAUCCUGAAGUGCAGUACAACUUCCAGUUUAAUGAUAAACUGGACAACAUCAAAUCAAUAAUUGAUUACGAUGUACCAGUAUACAGGCAUCUGGGGAAACAACAUUGGGAAUCGUACGGUCAGAUGUUAUUGAUGCAAAGAUUAGAAACUCUAGCAGCCAUUCCCGAUACGCUGCCCACUCUGGUGCCCCGAGCAGAAGUGAAUAUCAAAUUUCCUUUUUCAACUGGUGUUAAUAAAUGGAUCGAACCUGGUGAAUUUUUGUCCUCCAAUGUCACAUCUAUGUGUCCUGUCUUGAAGGUUCAAGAAUACGACCACGUGGAUGUUGAAAGACAACUGUAUACGAUACUGGUUGUCAAUCCUGAUGUCCCCGAUUUAAACAACGAUUCGUUCAAGACGGCCCUGUGCUACGGAUUGGCAAAUAUCAAGUUGAGUUACAACGAUAAUUUGAUAGACCCGAGAAAGUUUAACAGUUCUAAUAUUCUUGCUGACUAUUUGCCUCCAGUGCCUGAAAAAAAUGCUGGAAAACAAAGAUUUGUCGCUUGGGUAUUCAGACAACCUUUGUCUGAAGACGGCCAGAAUUCUCUCGAGGUUAGCCAAGAGGAUAUUAAUAGAGACGAGUUUGAUAUUAGACAGUUUACCAAGAAAUAUAAUUUGGACCCCAUCGGUGCACACAUAUGGAGAAGUGAAUGGGAUGUCAACGUCGCCGUUGUUAGAGAAAAAUAUGGCCUCCCUCCUGGAAGAGUUUUCAGCAGGGUCAGAAGGUGA